AUGCCAAUACAUCGAGUUCCAGAAGAUUUUGAGCCAUUUUUUGAGAGUGAACGACUCAGUGAUGCAACUGUUGUUGCUUGGAAUAAAGUAUUUCCUGUCCACAAAGUCAUGCUCUCAGCUAGAAGUUCUGUAUUUUCAGAAAUGUUUUCAGCCAUAGCUCAACCGAGCAUAAAUGCUAAAAUUGAAAUCAAAGACAUGAGUGACGAUGUAAUAAAGGAAAUUCUAAGAUUCAUUUAUACUGGUAAAGUGAACAAUCUUCAUAGAGUGGCAGAUGAUCUUUUGGCUGCAGCAUCCAAAUACAAAAUUGAUGAAUUAAAAACUAUAAGUGAACAUUCUUUACCCAAAACAAUUACAACUCAAAAUGUGGUAAAACGUCUUUUGCUUGCUCAUAAUCACAAUGCAGCACUUGAAAAAAGAUGCUGUUCUCUAUAUUUAUAA